AUGUUGCUUAAAAACUGGCUGGUCAUUGCGUUCUCGUGUCUCGUGGCGGCAGAGGACUGUGUAAAUGCACCAGAGAGUCGAAACUGUUGGCGAGAUGGGUUUGACAUCGAUACGGACUAUACCGACCCAACAAAUGUUCCAACGGGAAAGCUAGUGGAGUACGACCUCGUUGUGACACAGCAGAUCAUCACACCCGAUGGGUAUGAGAGACUCGGAACGGUAUUCAAUGGUCAAUACCCGGGUCCCACGAUUGACGCAGAUUGGGGCGACACACUUCGGAUCACCGUCCGGAAUAAUCUGACCAAUAAUGACAAUGGAACUGCCGUACAUUGGCAUGGUCUCCGGUUAUUUGAGACCAACUGGCUCGAUGGCGUUCCUGGUGUCACACAAUGCCCGAUUCGACCUGGUGAAGCUCAGGUCUAUGAAUUCAAGCCGACCCAAUAUGGAACAUCGUGGUAUCACUCCCACUUUAGUUUGCAGUAUUCAAAUGGCUUGCAUGGACCGAUUCAUAUCCGUGGUCCAACAAGUGCAAACUGGGAUGUCGACUUGGGUCCAUGGACCUUGACAGACUGGUAUCACGAUGAUGCCUUCACUCUGAACUGGAUCUCGCUGGCUGGUCAAUUGGCACCUUUUCCCAAGUCAACGCUGCUAAAUGGCAAGGGAGUAUACGAGUGUGAUUCUGGUGGAGACAGUCGUUGUACGGGGAAACAAGAUUACUUCGAGCAGACCUUCAAGACCGGCACAAUCUAUAAGUUCGGACUUAUCAACACAGCCACGCUGCUAACCUAUACGUUCUGGAUCGACGGACACAAUUUCACAGUCAUCGCCUCUGACUUCGUUCCGAUCGAGCCCUAUACAACCAGCAAGUUAAAUAUUGGCAUGGGCCAACGCUAUGACAUAGUCAUCGAAGCGAACGCCGAAUUUACCAAUGGAUCCAAUUUUUGGAUCCACGCAGAGUAUUGUGCUGAAGCUGGUGUCAUUGACAAUACAAAAGUCGGCAUUAUCCGCUAUGACGCAAACAAUACCGCAGAUCCCUUUACACCAGCACCUACAAAUGACUACGAGUGCGCCGAUAUUCUUCCCAGCAACCUCGUCCCAGUCGUAGCCAAGAGCGUCGGUCCUAAGGCAAAUACCAUGGAAAUCAAGGACUACCUUACUGUCGGAGAAGUCAAUAAGCUACCAUCGCCCUGGAUUCCUGACCCACGCGUACACCUAUGGACGAUCAAAACAACCCCGCUAUAUAUUGAUUGGGAAGUUCCCAGCAUUAUAAAAUUGACCGCGGGCGAAGACAGCACAGUCAACACAUUAUUUCCAGCACAGACCGUUCCCAUCGAGCUGGACUUUGACACCGGUGAAUGGGUGUAUUUCGUUAUCACGGCCAACUACUCCGUCGAAGAUGUCGUCACACCACGCAAUCUAACGCCCUCGGUACACCCAAUCCACUUACAUGGGCAUGACUUUGCUAUCUUGGCCCAAGGGCAUGGCGAGUUCACUGAUGAUGUGAAGCCCAAUGUCGUCAACCCACCGCGUCGGGACGUUAUUAAUGUCGAUAUUAAUGGGUGGGCUUGGAUUGCUUUCCAGAUCGAUAACCCUGGUGCGUGGUUGAUGCAUUGCCAUCUGCAAUUUCAUUCCUCGGAGGGCAUGGGAUUGCAGUUUAUUGAGCAACGUUCGAAGAUCGGGGGUUUGGCGGAGAAAGCAGAUGUCUUGGGAGAACUCUCGGAUCGAUGCGAGUCGUGGUCUGAUUGGUAUCAGUCGAAGAACAUUCCCGAUCAUUCAAUUCAGGAGGACUCGGGCAUCUAA